AUGAGCAGACGCGCAAUCGCCGAGACUGAGGUCACCCUCCAUUCCUUUGGUCCACCCCCAAUUGCGUCCUCAGAUUACGCAACGCCUGACCUCAACCACCAAAGAUUCGGCUCUCGAGUCUCAUUCAAGGGUAUUUGCGUUCUCGGGGUGGCGUCGUUUCAUUUUUGUAUCACAUUAUGCAACUCCAGCUACUGUAAUCUUAAUUUCAGGCAGUUAUCGCUGUUUCAAAGCCAAAACUCGCGCUUGUCUUCUUAUUGGUGCAGUACCAACUACUUUAAUCUUCUUUCGACGGAAUCCAAUCCUUGGUAAGUUGAACAAUUGGGAUUGGUUUGACAGUAUUGGCAACGAAAGCAGUAAUUUGGUCGUAUUAGAAUCCAGGGAAGUAUGCAUAGUUUAUUUACAACCGCAGUACUUUUUCUUCAAAUUUUGUAGGCAUAUUUGACUUGAGGCACGGAUUAAUGCCUGUAAUUACAAGUCAGCUUUUUGAAAAGCAUUUCCGAACACCACUAGUUUUUUGACAGGUCAUUGAAAAGUGGAGACUGAUCCGAGGAAAUUUUUUUAUCUUUGCAAAAUUUUGUGGGGAAAUGACUUGCUAUAAGUAAGUUUCUCAAACCCGCCCUCAGUUACCAUAAUCAAUGGAUUGCUCAAGCCACUGCCUAUGUCUCCAUAAAUCGAUGUAAUCUAAAAACAUUCGCCGCUAAUUUUUUCCACUUUCCCAUCUGGCGGUGCAUUGUUCAACGAUUGUAAAGAACCCUUUUACAGCCUCAUAAAAUGGUGAUCUCGAAGAAAGAAUUCAGCCCAAAGGAGAAGGGGAUCUGCCAGGUUUGUGGAGAUCAGGCCACUGGGACUCAUUACCAGGCCAUAACUUGUGAGGGAUGCAAAGGAUUCUUCCGUCGGACCGAACAAAAUCAUCUGCAAUAUGUUUGUAAGAAUGAGGAGAGAUGUGUGAUCACGAAAGAGACCAGGGUCAAGUGUCAACGGUGCCGGUACCUCAAGUGUUUGACGGUCAUGAAGCCUGAUUGUAAGUUUUCGAUUAAAACUUUUUAAUCUCCUCGAAACUUUGAGAAAAGAGAGUUUUCAAACCGCGUUUUGCAGAAAAUUGAGAAUUACGCAGGAAAUCGAUUUUAAAAUUUGAAAAGUUUAGUUUAUUAGUUGCCUGGAAUAUACACAAUUUUGUCUCCUGUUUGAAGUAGUAUCGCAUAAAAUUAGCAUCAUAACUUUCUCUUCAGUGGUGAUGGAGCCCGAGGAGCGCAUUGCCAAACAGCAGAUGAUCAAGAGAAACCGGCAACGUCGAAUGGUCGAGGGUUUCCUCAGUAAUCCGGAGGCUCUUGGAGUGUUCCCUAUGACCGAAGAAAUCUCCAGUCUGAUCAACAAGUUGGCCAGACAAUAUGCGGAAAAUAUUGUGCCAACUGUGGAUCUGGGAGAGGACUUCCAAUAUAAAGAUUUGAGGGAACAAACCGAGGCUUUGCUCGUGAAAUUGCACGAGAGAUCUCUCAAGUUCAGUGAGGCCAUCCAGAAUGUCGGAGAGGCAAGGAAAUCUUGUACCAAUUUACUCUACGUCAUCAAUAAUUUGUUUUAAUAAUGUUUUUUUAGGUUCGAAUUAAACGUUGUUUCGCCCGAAUCGACGUGGAACUCUUGGAAAUUCUGGAUCGAAUUGAUAUCGAGGACAGAUCGAUUACAAAAAGGCCGACGAAAUCGGCAUCUGGCUUGGUCUACUCCACGGAGAAGGUCCUUUUGGACACCCUCGGAUUCCCCGUUGGAGUGAUCAACCAGCUUUUGUUCUUGGCCAAGGUUUUCCAGACUUUGAAAAUGGACGAUCAGCAAUUGUCGCUGGUGUCAGCAAUCAUGCUGAUGGAAUCUGAUUUCUCAACUCACAUCUUGAAGGACCAGAAACCCAAAAUGGCGGAGGUUUUCAGGUUUUGUGAGGCUCUUCUUGGCCAAGAAACCUCAGAAAAAGAUGAGGAUAGGGAGAUUUAUUAUAAGGCGUUGAUUAGUUAUCUAGAGUACGAGAGCGACAGAAGGGCCGUUUAUGCAUUCCCUGCCAUUAUCUCGGCUGUGGAAGGGCUGAAAGAGUUUGUGAGAAAUUACGGCGAUGUGCUGGUCGCCUUUCCUUGCAGCUUGGCUAGAUUGUUGUCAUAG